AUGGGGAUGAUGAAGAUGAGCUGGUACAACUCUGGCAGCGGAGGGAGCAGGAGGAGCAUAAGGCUGGGGAGGAGCACGUCGACGUCGCAGUGCGGGGGGGAAGCUGGGGAGCCCAGGUGGCGGACGCUCUGGAGGAGAAUCAAGUGGGAGAAGAAGAAGAUUUUCAGUAGCAAGAGCAGUUGGGAUACCAUGGAUUGUUCAAAGCAGAAGCAGCAGCAGCAGGGUUUUUACGACGAGGAGGAAUACUUGCAGAAUUUCGAUCAAGGGUUGGGGUGGGCGGAGCCCGAUAACCUUCCUCGCUCCUUCUCCGCCCGCUUCGCCAAUCCAUCUCGCCGCCGCGUUUUCACAAGAACCGGUUGA